CUCAUCCGAUCCCAAAUGGCAGUAUUGAGCUGAACAUCCACGGAAGGACACUGGUAAACGCGAGAAUAAUCAACCAUCUUAUGAAAAGAAAAGUUGAAAGAAGAGAAUAUAUCUUGCUUUCCGACUUUAUUUGCAUGAUAAAAUAAGGUGAGGGCAGCCAACAUUGGUACCCCCCGCCAAAUCAUCGGAGGCGUUGAGGUAUACUUUGCUACCAAAAGUUAGUACUGUGUGACUCGCGCAGAUACGGUGAGCUAGCUGAACGGACUCCGAGCAGACGACAGACCACGCAUGCUGGUUCUUCAUCAGCCUUGUAUUGGUCUCACUUGACGCAUUGUUUCGACCGCUUUCAUUGCCGCUGGACGCGCUGAUCACUUCUCCAGUUUUACUCACUAUCAUUAGGCUUGGGGACUUUUAUCCUUUGAGAUAACUUUAUCUAUGGUUCAGUACUGAUUAUUUUGGACCUUUCUUCGAUUGGUGUGAAUCAUUGGAAAUCCUUAUCGACCUUCCUUACAGCUUCUUUCACACGUACGGAUUCUUCCUGUAAUUUUUCAGCGUCUUUAGGAGAGGUUCUCCUGAACUGUCGCUAGAUCGAGGGACACGCCGCUAGCUUUCUUUCUCCCGUCUCGUGACCUUCCCCGGGCUGUUGCCGGCGGAAGAUUCGACCAGCAAUCGCUAUGAUGGAACACUCACUCUAUGGUCCGACCAGCGCUUCAAUGCUCCACCACUACCCCGGUACUAUCCCGAGCCCCGCGCAUCAAUCGCACUAUCAGAGAUCACUGGGCGGAUCCGGGAUGUCGCUACCCAGCAUGCCCUACCACUCGGCUGCAUCAGGGGGUGUCCACCACCCCCAUCAAGCCCCUUCCCACCACACCCAAUACCAGGACUGGAGCGUGGCGGCUUCGGCAGCAGGGUCACGUGGACUCCACUCCGGGGGCGUUGCCCCCCACACACCAGCUUACCGCAUAUACCCCUCCGCGCACCACACCCCAACACACUCCGACUACAUCUCCACACACGACCUGGACAUUCUCAAGUCAUCGGGGACUGGGAUUGGAGGAGGAGGCGGAGGGGGUGGUGGAGUAGGGGGAGGAUCACCCCCUGUCACCGCAUCCAGUCCGCCAAUCGUGUCGCCCACGGCACUGGGACAUCACCAGCAAACAACAAAUUGUGCAGAUGAUCUCACGAUAAAAGGCAGUCCAGAUAGCAACGGGAACGUACCCGGAGAGCAGGGAGGCUACAAGCAGCUCGACCUAACAGCCAAACCUCGUAAAGAAAGAACGGCAUUUACCAAGGAGCAGAUCAGAGAACUAGAGAAUGAAUUCAACCAUCAUAACUACUUGACAAGACUUCGACGAUACGAGAUCGCUGUCACACUCAACCUUACCGAGAGACAGGUCAAAGUCUGGUUCCAGAACCGUCGCAUGAAAUGGAAACGCUGCAAAGGAGCCCGUGAACGCGAAUUGGCCGAGAAACGUCUGCAAGCUAUGGAAGUCAAAUUGGGAUUACCACCCGGAAGCUCUAGUGGACUCAACAAUACACUUCCGGGUAACCUGGCCAACGCAAGCAGCAUAGUGUCGAACCACAGUACUGAUAGCGCGUGCGGUUUGGACAACGGUUCAGACGCGAGUAAUUACGGCGGUUCGGAUAAUGGGGAUCCAAAUAGUCCGCCUCAUCAUCGAUUAGACAUAAAGGAAGAUUAUGACUGAGUCUGGAUUUUUACAUCCCCUCCAAAGGACAUUUAGUGAGAGGCGUGAUAUCCAGUGCAAAUAUUAUCAUGCCAAGACUCUUUGUUUUAUAAUAGUACUUCACAGGGUUUAAUGUAGACAUUAUGCAUGGUAAGAAGAGAAUGUCUUGCGAUUUGCGACUAUUUGUGGAAGGACCUACGAGUUUGUGUUGAUUGAAGCUUUAGUAUGAAAUUCUGUAAGAGGACCUACCAAUAAAAUGAAGACCUAAGUGAGCGGUGAAAGUCAUGGCAACUGUUGAGAUGACAGUGGAUCGAAAGACGGACCUGUAUGCGUCUUGUACGAUGUUGUUUUUUUAAUUCUGAAGAGAAAUUAUAGCUUUUAGCUCAAUGGUUCGACCAUCAUGCAUGUUAAAGAGAAACAAUCCAAACAGUACAUCAAGUAAUCGUAGUUAAAUCAACUGUACUCCAAUCCAGUACUAGCUAUCGGGAAUGGGAAUUAUAGGUAUUCGUCGUUCUUUGUUUUCCAACAAAAUGGUUUAUUGUUUUUAUUGGAAUCUGACAUUAUUUGUUAUAAUAUUUUAACUUUUCAGAGGUUGCAAAGAGGAGGAGAAAGACAACAGUUUUUCUUGUUUUCUUUCUUCAAUCUACCGUUUGCCUCAGUAAUAUUAAAGGUAAACUUUGGAUGCAAAAGUGAUACUUAUUUUGCCCAAUAAUGUCCUUUAUAUAAAAAAAAAACAGGAACAUUGUGGUUCCUGCUUGAUACAUGGAUUCUCAGUCCUGAAAUGAAUUUGACUAGUUUAAAUAUGUUUAGUAAAGAGGUUUUUACUGUAAUGUUCAGCCCGUUACAAAGACAACAACUAAGUUGAAAGGACGAUUAAACAACAAUUAUAUACAUGUAUUUUUUUUUCUCUGUUAGCCAUGAUGUAUGGAGUUUUUGAAGGCCGUUGAAGUUGAAGGCUGAUGUUCAUAAUGGCGUAUAGAAUGAUUUUACAGCCAACUACUAGCAUAAUUGAUUAUAUCGCAUUGUCGCCUGCACAAAUUGAUGGUACUUAAAAAAGGAAUGAAUAAUAUUUCAAUCCAUUUUCUCCUAUAUGAUAUAGUACUAUCGGAAACAAUUAAAGUACUUUUGUUUAGUUAUUUGAUUUUUUUGUAGAUUCCAAUCACUUGUUAAAAGGUGGAGAACUAAACUGUCAUGAGUUAUCAAGAGCUAAUUUUGACAAAAUAUCUGCUGAAAUAUUCAGAGAUAUACUCGGUAGUUGAGCCUUAUGAAAUACUUUUCUCGCUUUCUCAUCACCAUUUCAAGAUUCGAUCUUGUAUGGUCAAAUUUUUACAUGUUUUAAAGAUUUAGGGGGGGGGGGUAAACUGGAAGGUAUGGUGAGAUGACCAUUUAUCAUUGUGUCAAGCUGUCUUCUUUUGUAGAAACAUUGUUUCCUAAAAUCCUCUCAUUCUCAAGUUGUUCUAUUAACGCUUUUUGUUUUGUUUUCAUUUUUCUUUCAAUAUACCCCUGCGACAUGACUGUAUAGCACACAAAAUUAACAUAAAUUUUCAUUGAAAUUUGUUCUUUCUUUCAUUUCUUGUAUAAAGCUUUACAUGUUGAACAGAAUUCUUGUGAGUGUGACUAUAGCCCAGAAAACAUGACCAAAAUCUUUCCGACGAUGAAGGUCUACGUUUUGUCUUAUUAUUUUUUGUGCAAACUUUCAUCACUUUAAAUGAUUCGUAUGGAUAUUGUUUGACAUCCUCAGAUGCGCUAGUACGUCGUCUCCACUUUUCCACAGAUCCACUUUUUCACCGAGGAUAUAGUACUUAAAAGUUGACCAUUUAUAUUAUUGUUGAUGUAACAUGAAGCUUAGUAGGAGACAAGCUUUAUUGAACGUGUCAUGACAUAACAUUAUGAAAACUAUGUCGCGCCCUCUUUGUUAAAGUAAAAAGGAUAUCAUGCUUUUAGCCAUGAAAUCAUCGAAAUAUAGGCAAAUAUCUUGUUCAGAAAUUCACAUCAAUCUUGACAUGUGGAACGUUUAAUGAAUUCAAUCUUUAGUCAAGACUUCAUUAGGUGAUCGAUUUUUGUGUGUGCGUAAUCAAUGAAAUUUACUCUUGCCUGACAUGACAACGAAAAUAUAAAUCAUGUACAAUAUACAUGUGGCUGUUAGGAUUUCCAUAACGGGUAAGAAAGUUUGUGACAGGAAUCCUGUUACAUUUUAGUUACUUACGGUUUUUUUAAUAACGUAGAACAGGGAUGAAGAUUUGUUCUGCUAUCUUUUAUUUUUCAACCUCGGCACAGUUGAAAGUGUCGUCAAUUAAAAUGGGAGAAAAAUUGAACAAUGUUUGAAAUUUUCAAGGAAUAUAUAGGUACGGCGAGGUGGUUCUUGUGUAUAUGAAACUGGAUAUAGCGAUGUAAAAUGUAUUGUACAGUAAUUAUUGUCGUCCAGACUAGGACUUAUUGUUUAUACAUUUACCAGUUGUUUGCUGUUUGACAUAUGUUUUUGUUCUAAUAGUGAUGAUAAAACAUGAUGUUGGAAAUAAAAGUUAUUAUGUGACAAUACA